UGCAACAAUACAAUAGGCAAUUACACAUGUACUUGCCCGAAGAAUUACGAAGGUAAUGGAAUGGGUGAAGAUGGCUGCAAGCGGAAGGCGCCCAUAGAUAUGAAGAUCACUUAUAUCUCGAUAGGAGUUGCGUCUGGUGUCAUCUGUCUACUUCUCGGCAUCAUUUUCCUCUACUUGGAACGCAAGAGAAGAUCACAUAAUAAGAUGAAGCGAAGAUUCUUUCUCCAAAACGGUGGCCAUAUGUUGCAAGAGAAGUUGGCUAAGAGAGAAGCUUCAGAGAUGGUCACCAUUUUCAGCUCAUUAGAGCUACAGAAGGCGACAAACAACUUUCACAACAGUAUGAUCAUUGGCCGAGGUGGCUUUGGCACCGUGUACAAAGGUAUACUAGCCGAUAGAAGAACAGUGGCAAUCAAGAGGUCUAUAAGAGUUGAUCCCACACAAAUCGAGCAGUUCAUCAACGAGGUUGUUAUUCUGUCUCAAAUCAACCAUAGGAAUGUAGUUAUACUUCUUGGAUGUUGCCUAGAAACAGAUGUUCCACUUUUAGUCUACGAGUUCGUUAGCAAUGGGACCCUUUCUUCACACUUGCACGAUGAGGCUAAGGCGUGUGUUCUUGAUUGGAACACGCGUCUAAAGAUCGCUGCAGAAACUGCAGGGGUGCUCUCGUAUCUGCACUCUUCAGCUUCUACUCCGAUCAUACAUAGGGAUGUCAAGUCGGACAAUAUCCUCUUGGACCAUAAUUUGACUGUGAAGGUGUCGGAUUUUGGGGCUUCAAAGCUAGUUCCAGUUGAUCUCGCGCAGCUAUCUACAAUGGUGCAAGGGACUUUCGGAUACCUUGAUCCUGAGUACAUGCAGACAAACCAGUUGACAGAGAAGAGCGAUGUUUACAGCUUUGGAGUUGUUCUGCUAGAGCUAGUCACGGGGCGUAAAGCAUUGAGUUUUAAUAGGCCGGUAGAGGAGAAGAGUUUAUCCAACUAUUUCCUUUAUGUACUCAAGCAAGAUUUGCUAGUAAAAAUCAUUGAUGAAAAAAUUGUGGGUUUGGAAAAUAUGGAGCAAAUAUCAACGGUUUGUAAGCUAGCGAAAGAGUGCUUGAAUGUGAAGGGGGAAGAUAGGCCUAGUAUGAAGGAGGUGGCAAUGGAGCUCGAAGGGCUAAUACUGCGAGAGAAGCACUCGUGGGCCACAAAUGUAGACGAUGAAGAAGAGAUGAAGUCUCUGAUUCCGAAUGAUCAUGAUGGAACGAGUGGUGUGGGAUUUGAUAGCAUCGGCAUGGAUCAUAUUGUUUUGCCAAUCAAUGAUGGAGGAAGAUGAUAUUUUACUUUGAGCAUUAAUUAUAUAGGUGUAAAAAUAUUCAGAUGAGUCUGGUGAUCAAAUUGUUAUUUCGAUUUUGUGAUCAAGUUGAUGUUUAAUUUUGAAUUGUGUUACAAUUAUUGGUGUUUCGAAGUCUUUUUAUGGAGUAAUCAUCCAAGGGAUUAA